GCUAGUGGGGCGAGUGAUGGCUGCGGUUUUGUUGAGUCUGGCAAGUCAGCACCUCAUCCUUUCUUCUCGUUCUUCAGUUUGCUGAGACUCACUUCAACGGAUUAUCAUGAGUUAAGUGCUCCAUGCAAGCCAGCUACAGUCGGUGUGUGUGCGUUGGUAAGAGAGUGAGUGAAAUGAGAUGAGGAGGCCUCCUCAUCAGUGAUUGGAAAAACAUUCAGGCAUCAUAACAGAGUGAAGGACAGCAACAACAAUGAUAUCCCCCAGUCUGUCCUCGACCCCGACCAUGAUCAGGCCAAUCGUGCUGACCUCAAACUCUUCGUCCACUCCGUUAAUUAGGGCCUCGUCACCGCCGCCUCCAGCCGUUCAUCACGGACAUUCAGAUCAGGCCAAGGUGCUCAAAAUGACAAAUUUCUCAAUAGCUGCCAUUAUGAAUAAUAGCUCAAGAGACGAUCCAAAUGUGCGAAGGAAGUCUCUAUUCGAACGGCCCGCCCCAGCAUCCAAACUAGACCAAUUCAAUCCAAUGUCGCAAUUCUCCCAUGAAUCCAUGAAGGGAGUUCAAGAUAGAAUCACCCUUCAGCAAUUGCAUCGACAGCAAUUGGAACGCCUCACGGCUCCAACCCCCAACCCGCGUCGCUCUUCAGCUCCAGUCUCUCCUCCGCCCAAAGCUGAGGUUGACAAAGUUGAGCCCGACGAAGAGGUCGAUGUGGAGCAAUGUAGCGAUUCUGAGGAUAUCCCCGACAAGUCGAAAGAUUGUCCGAGCCAAGAGGGGGAAAGCAAAGCGAAUGACGAUAACGGCCCUCCCACCAGCAACGGCACGCCCAACAAAAAGAAGAAGGAGAAAGUGCGCUAUCUCAAGCCUAAAUGCAACUCUGAAGAACUUAUGUACGCGGAUUGCUUCUUGGAAACCAAAGAAUUGUGGGACAAAUUCAAUGAACUUGGAACUGAAAUGAUUAUCACUAAAACGGGAAGACGAAUGUUCCCAACCGUGCGGUGUAGCUUUCAGAAUCUGGUUCCUCACCAAAAGUACUGGGUGGUAUUGGACAUUGUACCGUGUGAUAACAAGAGAUAUCGCUAUGCGUACCACCGCUCCUCGUGGUUGGUGGCCGGCAAGGCAGACCCGCCCCCGCCCCAUCGCCUCUACACCCAUCCAGAUGCGCCUUUCACCGGCGAGCAACUGAGAAAGCAAGUGGUGUCCUUUGAAAAAGUCAAGCUCACCAAUAAUGAAAUGGACAAGAACGGGCAGAUCAUCUUGAACUCAAUGCAUCGCUUCCAGCCGCGGAUUUAUCUAGUCACUCGCCACGAUGGCGCAACCGGUCCCAUUCAAGACAUCGAGCGUGAAAAAUAUCGCUCAUACAUCUUCCCCGAGACGAUCUUCACGGCCGUCACGGCCUACCAGAAUCAGUUGAUUACCAAGCUUAAGAUCGACAGUAAUCCAUUUGCCAAGGGCUUCAGAGAUUCUUCAAGGCUUAAUGACUAUGAAAGUGAUUCUCCCUACCCAAUGCCACCGGGAAUGGAUCCAACAUUUCUUCUUCGGUCACCGCUUUUGUCAGACGCAGAGAAUAACAACUUCAUGGCCGUGGCGGCGGCUGAAAAGGCACGGGCCAUGAUGAUGAUGGGCGGAGGCCGACCGCCUCAUCCCUCGCACCAACUCGGAUUCUUUCCCGGAGCGGCCUUGGCCGCUGCGGCAGCCGCAUCUCAAGGUGUUCUUCCGCCAACGUCUCUACCUCAAAUCUACACCUUGGGGAACUCCAGGGAAAACCCGUCGCCGCUCAGCCUACCUCCGGGUCUUUUUCAAUGGGGGCUCCAAAACCAACUUCUACAACAUCAGCAGCAACAACAGCAGCAGCAACAAUAACAAGGGUCCAGACAAUUGCUUCCCACUCCACCCGGCAUAUCCCCACCUUCAGUGUCCAUGAGUAUGUCUCGAUCGCCCAGGCAAGACCCAUCGUCUCCCAUGUCAGACUCUUGCUCAAGAUUGGCCAACCCUCGCGCAAUGUUUCCGGCCCUAAGCCCGGGAGGACCCAGUGGGGCCCCUCGUUUCUCGCCAUAUGUACUGCCUAAGCGUGGUUCACCUUCUCCGAGCUCCAAAUCGGAUCCUUCACCGCCAGCGUCAGAUGGCGCCAACAGUCGUUCAGCUCGAACCCCCUCAGUGUCGCCGCCUCGAGCGUCUUAAUAUAGGCCAUAUUCCAUCAAUAUUCCAUGCAUCGUGCUUAGAUUGUUACACUUGAGCAUUUGUCAGUGUCUUCUCUGCUUUAAGAAUAUAAAACUAGUUCAUGAUGUACAA